AUGGAUGAGAUGGCGUUUAUUUUAUCAGCUGCAAACCUUGUCUCACAGGAACACCCAUUUCAGCGACGAGUUAAGAAAUCCGAUUGCCGCCUGUUGAGACGUUCGGCUGAGGAGUUCGCGGUGAGAAAAAAAUGGCAAAAGGCAUGGGUUGAAUAUCGGCGGAGACAUCCGUAUCAUCAAGUGAGCGUUGAAGAAGAUGAUGAAGAGGACGAUGAAGAACUGUCAAACUAUCUUGCAAAGACUACGAAUGUCUGUAAAGAAAAUCUAAAAAAAGCGGUUACUUGGAUAACAAAUAGCGUGAACAAUUUUGGCUUC